CAGCCGCAGCCUCCCUUGCUUCGGGAUCCCAGGAAGCUCCGCGUCGGACGCCUCGUCCACGUCCCGUGACACUAUUCAGGACAACAUCGUCAUUGUAAGACUUCAACAUGCCGCCUUCGUUACGGAGACGGAAUCGACGGCCCACCCCGGACGUGAGGCAGGAUUUUUCGGACGAUGAGAAUGACGAAAUUGAGGCAGAUGAAUUAUUGGAAGACGACGAUCUGCCGGAAGAUGGUGCCGAAGAGGAGCAAGAGGUAGAAGAGGAGGAAGAAUUGGAAGAAGAAGAGGAUGCAGGUACGUGUUUCCGUUGUAUGCCUUUUUUUUUCUUUUCCUUCUGUUUUCUCUCUUUUUAUUCUGUUGUUACUCUUUCCAUGACUUCAUGCGUUUCCAACAAUUGCCAUUCUCCUUCCAUAUCUACUUCUAGACGGUACUUCACCUCGGGUUCCCUCACAGCCCCAUUUCUUUCACCUCUAUCCCAUCGAAUCCUCCCAACUGCAUCACAACCAUCUACUUCCAUAACAAGAAACCUCAACUAACACACCCCCAGCCUCCCCAUCCCCAUCCACAACAACACCCCCCUCCCCCAUCCCCCCCGGCUUCCGCGACAUCUCGGCCCUGGCCUCCUGGACCGUCUCGAGCGCCAAACCCGGCUGCUCGAUCCCCCAACUCCGGCACCCUUCCACGUCCUUAUUCUGGCAAU